ACUUCACGUAAUUGCCAUAAAAACAUGUGCAACUGACAUACUGACAGUGACAGAUAAUUCAACAUAACUGUUUUCUACGCUGUUUUCUAGCUACUCUCCCGCAUCUAAAUCAACCUUUUCCCGUGUCAAAAUGGUCUCUGACUCGGAGUCGGACUCCAAAGUUGUCACUGAAGAUGAAGAUCAAGAGGAACAAAUUUAUCAAUGGAUUUAUGGCAUGAAGACUACAUGUGACAAGCAGGAGGGUGAGGAGGAUCAAAUCCUACCCAGCAGCUCCAGGCCCUCACCUGUGCACCUGAAAAAUAUUGCUGAAGGGGAUGACUCAGAACAAGAGGCAACACAUAAAACAAUACAAGCAGAAAGACAAAAAGACCAGGAAGGUGAUAAUACAGUGGGAUCAGACAUGGAUGCAUUGAUCUGUAUACAACAAAUCCCAGUUCUAAAGGCAAAAGUACAGGAAAAGCCAUGGUUGAGACCUGGUGCUGACAUCUCAGAUUACUUCAACUAUGGCUUUGAUGAAGAAAGCUGGAAAACUUACUGUAGGAAACAGUUGAAACUGCGUACAAGUAGUCAAAAGCUAUACACUCAAAUCAUGGCUGAGAAUUGGAAAAAUACACAUGGAAAAAAAGGCUCUUGUUCUGCUUAUGCUUCUUCAGACAGCCGAACUACACAUGCCUCCAGACAGUCAAGUGCUGCUAUUGAUGUGAUUGGAGAGCGACCUGGGCGCAGCAGCAGAGUGGAAGGGUGUACACAUCUUAGAAUCGAAGGAAACAACACUCAGGUACUUACUAAGAUGUCCCCAGAGGAGGGUAGAAUUACUUCUAAUAAUGUGCCCCAUCCGUCUAAAGUCAAUUCUCUCUUUGCAUAUACCACUCAUCCAGCUAUCCUUUACCGACAGAGGCCCCCUCCUUCCUCUUCCCAUGCUACUUUUGACAGUGGAUACUCUAAAGUCUUUAAACCCUCAACAGCAACUUCAUCAGGUGUGCCAUCCUUAAUCCCCAGGGGAAUUUCCACUGGAGUGAUUGAAACUGCCAAGGCCUGGGAGUGCUACAUAAGGCAGGAAAUGUGUGACAGUUACAGAGGCAGAACCAGACAGUAUGGUCAUGACAAAGAGAGUAAAAGAGGCAGAGAAAGAGACAGGGAGGAUUGUUCCUUUUCAUACAACAGUGAAUAAAUGCAAAUGUCUGCUCAGCACCUGCGGCCUUCUGGAUUGGCCAACAUAUAGUAUAUUGGUUCUGGUCCAGAUAUUCAAUUUUUUUUGGGCUGCUUCAAUAUGUGUGCUGACGAAAGACAAAAACAGACCAAAGAACAAGGAGGAGGAGGAGGAGGAUAAGGAGGAGGAAGCAGUCUGUUUGCCAGGUGGGACAGUGCAGAGUAUGGUGCUGGUAUUCACGCUGGAUAAUAUUUCAGUAUGAAACCGUAGUAGUAUGUGAUGGCAAUUGUUGUAGGAGCCUGAACCAAAGACUUCUAGAUGGGAAAUGGGAAAUGCCUAUUGUGUUGUUUUGCAUUAAUUGUAUAGUUCCAAGAAUUAGUUGUAAUUUUUGAUAGCUUUACGUGGCACUGUAAUGUCAGAGUGUUUUCUUAGUGUCCAUUUUUGCAGAGGAAGGAGAGCUGCAGCUGAAACUGUGCUCUGACUCUGUGAGUGGCUCCUCGUUUCUUCAGCUGAUAGCUAUAAUAUAACCAGCUAUGACUGUUGUGAGAAAAUGCACACUAUUGCAAAAGAGCGCAAGACUAUUGUGACAGGAAUCAAGAUUAUUGCAAGGCAAGGAGAAAUUAUUGCCAACAUAUGCAAAACUUGUUUUUUUGUAUUGUAUUUGCUUUUUGUUCUGGUGCAAUGAAAGAGCAGGCUCGAUGAGGGAACAACUCCUUGUAUUCACCGGCUACUGCCAGGAAAUAAUUGAUCGAUGCUCCUCCGCAUGAUGCUUGAACCCUUCCUCCCUGUGGCUCAUGGAUGAUAAGAGCCAAUCUGAUUUUCACUCCAGCUCUUUGCAUAGUGCCCUACUACCCCACAGUCUGACAGUUAGAGCGUUGUCAUAUGUGUACUCAUGCUCACAUGCAUGCACAAGCCAAAUCCUGCCCUACAUUUUCUCUGCACACUCAGUUUUGACCAGUAGCCAGAUGUCUAUUUAAUUAUUAUCAAUGCAGGCAGCUGCCAACUGUAAUACACACACAGGCACAUCUUCCCUCCUUCUCACUUACUCCCUUAGCUGACCUAAGGCUCAUAUUGUAUGGUGAGUGAGUGUGACAUUUCAUGGUGAUUGACAAGUCCUUAGUAAAAUAUGUACAUGUUAGGUAUCAGGGAUACUCCUGACAUUGUCCUUGAUUAAGGCUCUGGCCUCAGAUCUGGAGGUGGUGACUGUCUAUUGGUUAAAUCGAUAAAUACAAGGAGUACAACUGAAAUUUGGGCUAAUUUCUAAAGUCUGCGGCUGUGGUUGCAAAAGUUGUUAUGCUAUUGAG